CACUUCACUUGGUUCAUCACCCAGCAUCAGAAACUGAUCAAUCACACUUGUCACUACACACCUCUACAUCCAGCCACACUUGGAGUGUUACUCACUGCUCGGUUGUCUAGCCUGCAAUGGCUGUCAUUUGUGCAAAGGCAUUGGUGCUUGCAGUAGUGGUGGUGCUUGUGAGCACGCCGCAGCUCGCUGUGGGGGCAAGGAGGCGCAUGGAGCUGUACCAACCGGACCCAGCUGACAUGCUCUCCUACCACAACGGCCAAGUGCUCCACGGCGACAUCGCCGUGUCCGUCCUCUGGUACGGCCAGUUCACGCAGGUGCAGAAGACCGUCAUCUACGACUUCGUCCUCUCGCUCACCAUGAUGCCCCAGGCCACCCCGCCGUCCGUUGCGCAAUGGUGGAGCACCAUCGACCAGCAGUACCUGUCCAAGGCGGCGCAAGACACUCCCAAUGCCGGCGGCGAGGCCAAGAGGACCCAGGUGCUGCUCGCCGACCAGGUGUCCGACGACGACUGCUCCAUGGGCAAGUCCCUCACCCUGGCGCAGGUCUCCGCUCUGGCCGCGAGGGCCAAGCCCAAGAAGGGCGGCGUCGCGCUGGUCUUCACCGCGCGGGACGUCACCGUGGAGGGCUUCUGCAUGAGCCAGUGCGGCCUGCACGGCUCGGACGCCGAGUCCGGCACGGCGUACGUCUGGGUCGGCAACGCGGCCACGCAGUGCCCCGGCCAGUGCGCGUGGCCGUUCCACCAGCCCGAGUACGGCCCGCAGGGCCCGCCGCUCACGCCGCCCAACGGCGACGUCGGCGUGGACGGCAUGAUCGUCAACCUCGCGAGCGAGUUCGCCGGCGUGGUGACCAACCCGUUCGGCGACGCGUACUACCAGGGCUCCAGCGACGCGCCGCUGGAGGCCGCCACGGCGUGCCCGGGACAGUUCGGGAGCGGCUCGUACCCGGGGUACGCCGGCAACCUGAAGAUUGACCAGGCGAGCGGCGCCAGCUACAACGCCAAUGGCGCGCAAGGGAGAAAGUACCUGCUCCCCGCGCUGUUCAACCCUUCUACGUCGACCUGCAGCACGUUGGUGUAGCGCAAGCAAAGAUGCAGGAUUAUCGGCUUAGUUUAAUUUGUUUCUUAGAAGGUUGUGCAUAUAAUAACGCAGAUCAUGUGCAAUCCAUUCAUUUUAGAGAUUUGAAUGUCCUUCGUAAUAAUGUUGACGGUGGAUGCAACAAAGGUUGGUCCAUUUCAAUUA